UGCUUCUUUCUUUUCAAGAUACCAGACUAAAAAAACAAUAAGCAAGAAAAAAAGAACAACUUCUUCCUUAGAAUUAUACCUAUAUUAUGUCCGUUCGGGCUCUUACAUCAAUGACUAGAAUGACUUCCCGUGUUUCCCUUUCACCUGCUGCUACCAACACUACUCGUCGUGUUGCUACAAAAAUGGCCCCCAAGACUCCUAUUGACGCUACUGCUGCUGGUCCUAUGUUGCGUUACCAGAAGAACUUGCCCAAGCUGCCUGUACCUGCUCUCCACAACACUCUCCAGAAAUACCUCCAGAGUGUCCGACCUCUCUUGAGCGACGAGGAUUUCCAAAAGACCCAAAAGGCCGUUAGUGAGUUUGAGGCUCCCGGUGGAAUUGGUGAAAAGUUGCAGGAACGUCUGUUGGCAAAGGCCAACAACCCAAAGGUUGUAAACUGGAUGGAGGACUGGUGGCUCGAUCAGGCAUACAUGGGUUACCGCGACCCUGUUGUCAUCUAUGUCAGUUACUUUUUCCUCUACAAGGAUGACAAGCUUCGCAAGGCUCCUGCCAAUCGUGCUGCAGCAAUUACCACUGCCGCUCUUGAGUUUAAAAAGAUGGUUGUUGAAAAAACCCUCGAGCCCGAGUACGCAAAGGGUGAGCCCAUGUGCAUGGACUCUUACAAGUACAUGUUCAACAACUGCCGUAUCCCAAAAAAACCAUCCGACUUUGAGGCCCAGUUCGAUCCCAUUUCCAACACCCACGUUGUCGUUGUCCGCAAGAACAAGUUCUUUGUUGUCGACACUGUGCACAACGGCCAGCAGCUGUCCACCCAGGAGCUGCAGAGCCAGUACGAGCGUGUGAUUGACGCCGCAGGUGAAGCAAAGGGUCUUCCCCUCGGUGUCCUCACCGCCGAGAACCGUGAUACCUGGACCGAUUAUCGCGAGAUGUUGUUGGCUGCCGACCCAGCAAACAAGGACAUCUUGCACAAGAUCGAGUCGUCUUCAUUUGUCGUCUGUCUCGACGAUUACAGCCCCGUCACCCGCGACGAAGGUUCCCGCGCAUGCUGGCAUGGUGACGGCCGCAACCGUUUCUUUGACAAGCCUCUGCAGUUUAUUGUGUUUGAGAACGGCAAGGCCGGUUUCACUGGAGAGCACUCUUGUAUGGAUGGUACUGCCACCUGCCGCUUGAACGAAUAUGUUACCGAUGGUCUUUCUCGUAACAAGAUCAACCACGGUGUCACUGCUCGCACCAGCCUUCCUGCGCCUGUCGAAUUGUCGUUCAAGGUCAAUGGCCAGAUUGAGGAUGCCGUCAAGUCGGCCGAAAAGAACUUUGACUCCUUGAUUUCCAAGCACGAUCUGACUGUGUUGGCGUACAAUGCAUUUGGCAAGAACCAGAUCAAGAAGUUCAAGUCGUCGCCCGACGGCUUUGCCCAGAUGGUUAUCCAGCUCGCAUACUACAAGAUGUUUGGCGUCAACCGGCCGACCUACGAGUCCGGCCAGACCCGCAAGUUCCAGCGUGGCCGUACCGAGACCUGCCGCUCAGUCAGCACCGAGUCGAUCCGAUUCUGCAAGCUGAUGGAGGACCCAACUGCCCCAACCGAGGCCAAGAUUGGGGCCUACCGCGCCGCACUCAAGAGCCAGGGCUCUUACAUGGCCGAUGCGGUCAAUGCACACGGUGUCGACCGCCACCUGUUUGGCCUCAAGAACAGUCUCAAGGCCGAAGAACCCAAGCCGGCCCUGUUCACCGACCCUGCCAACGCUUACUCGAGCCACUGGUACCUCUCGACCUCCCAGCUCUCGUCCGAGCUGUUUGACGGUUACGGCUGGGGCCAGGUCGUCAACGACGGCUUUGGUGUCGCUUACAUGAUCAAGGCAAACUCACUCCAGUUCAAUGUCGCUAGUGUCAAGGACCUCGAGGUCCAUGGUAAAAAGUAUGUCAACGGUACUCACCAGUUCAAGCAGUGCCUUGAGGAUGCUGCCGAUGAGCUUAGAGACAUUUUGUUGACCGAGACCCCUGCAGAGGCCAAGCUUUAGAUAAAGAAACAAUAUAUAUCUUCUUUUUUUUUCUUUUUUUUCUCUUUGUUUUGUGGGAGUAGUUUUAUGUGCAUUUAUGUACGCACAAGAUGUGUAUAUAAAUAUUUAUAUACACACAUGCUUUCUUAUUUGUAAAUUAUAUUCCAUACAGCCUUUUUUUUUAUUAUUAUUAUUUUGUUCAAACCAUCGUUAUCUAUUUCUUGCUUGUGUGACUAUUAUUUUGUUUGAUGAAAUCAAUCACAAUACAUGACAUGACAUAUUUAUUUAUUU